AUGCCAAAAACUUGGAAAAACUAUUUGCAGGACCGCGAGAUUGUGCAGGUAUGGAACAACGGGCAACAAGAACAGUUACUAAAGAAACGAAUCAUUGACUCUAUUCGAAAGGGCGAGUAUCAUAUUGCCGAACUAGAAGACGACACUGUGGGGCGACACGACACGUUGGCUGGACAUGGUCGAGUUUCUCAUGCCCGUCGGCACUAUUGUUCUCCAUGUAUGCGAGGGAAUCUUUUAUUGGCGUUGCGAUUCCUGUGCGACACAGAACUGAAGUCUGAAUUGGUGUCGGGGCACGAUUUUGGUUGGUUUUUAGCAUGGCAAGAUGACAACAACCAAGAGAAUUACCUGGUUCAUAUUUUUACGUUUCAACCGUACCACGAGGUCAAGUUCUUCCUGGUCGGUGGGCCCGAACAUGAUACGGUGGAUGUCAUGAGAGCUUGGAAAGGAGAAGAAGAAGAACAAUCUACUACUUUGGAAUCAUCUAGUAGUAGGCCUUUGGUUCGUCCUGGGGGCCUGAUCGAUAGCGAUGACGAUGAUGACGAUGACGACCUCGAAAUCGUACCAAGAAACAAUCCAACGCCAGCGGCUCGCUUGUUUGACGAGGAAGAUGAAUGA